AUGACACAAAAUACUAAUUCGAAAAAGAAGUCGGAUGGGAAAAAGCCUAUGCCUAGUAAGAACGAUAAAACUGCAAUUAAAAAAGCUACUGCGGCUUGUGAUAUUUGCAAAACAAAAAAAGUAAGAUGUGUCCGUGAAGGUGAGGGUCCAUGCAAAUUAUGUAUCAAAGAAGGUUGCGGAGUUGAAUGUAUAUUCGGCCCACGACAGAAAAGGGGGCGUAAAAAAGCAACUGGAUCGAGCACCGGUGCGCCGACUAAUGCAGAGUUCCAAGAAUGGGGUAAAAAAUUGUAUCAAUUACUAGGUGAAGAUAAGCAAGCUGUUUCCGAUCACAUCCGAAAUUUUCCAAACAGAAAUUCUCAUUCUGAGAUGACAAAUAACAAAACAACACCAACCAAUUUUGGUCAAAACAUUCAACCAGACGUAGUUUUGGAGAAUACUUCGAGCAAUGGACAAUCAAUAUUGUUAACCAGUUUAAACCAAGAAAAUCUACAAGAUACAAGUUUUGUUGACCUUUUCGAUAAUGAACAAUUUGACGAAAUUUUAUUUGAAAUAAAUCAUGGGCCAAUGUUUGAUUUAGCUCAGUCAAAUCAAUUAAACAAAAAUUCAGACGAACAAAUUCCUCAAGAAACUCUGAACGCAAACUGGUUUGAUAAUAAUUUAGAAAUAGAUGAACAAGCAAUUUCUGAAACCCGAUCAUCUAGGCCCACCAACAGACAAUUUCCAUCGCAUCGUUCACGAAGUCGUGAUAACCGCCACAGUAGACAAGAAGCCCGAAACCGUGAACAUGUUUCACGCUCUCUAAGUCCGAAUUAUAGGACUCCAAUGUAUUCAAAUGGAGAAUUAACUUUGAACACUAUACAAUAUUUUUCUGCGCCUUAUUCCCCAACUCAUCUUUCUCCAAUUAUUCCAAUUAAUUAUUACACAUCAAAUAACUCAUCUGCUUCUACGUCUGCACAUAUGCAAUCACCAAUUCACGAUUUUGAAAAAUUAUCUAACCAAUCAUCACCUCUUAUACCGUCGCAAGAUUUCGAGGAUACGAAUCAAUCAUCAAUUCUUAGCAAUUAUAUCAAUAAUCUUCACUUGUUUACUUCGGAAGAUGUGGAUCAGCUCUCACGCAUAAAUUUAACUGCGGACACCCAAACAUCAACGUUGGACAAUUCAGAAGAAAUGACAUUUUCCAACAGUUCCUAA